AUGUUAGUUCUUCCAUUCCUUCUUAGAGCUAUCGAAGCUCUUCCAUUGAAGCAAGAGUGCCCUUAUACAUUACCGAAUAACGGUGUAACUGACAUAAUCAUUAGAGAAGUGAAAAUUGGGCAGUUAAAUUUCCUCCAUACAACUGACACCCAUGGAUGGAUGGGAUCCCAUUUGAACCAACCUGACUACGAUGCUAAUUGGGGCGACUAUGCGUCUUUCAUAGAACGUUUUCAGCAAAAUCGUAUCGGUGACUCGGACCUUCUUAUUGUUGAUACAGGGGACAAGCGCAAUGGUAAUGGAUUAAGUGACGCGUAUAAACCUUUGGGGUUGUACACAAGCAAAGUUUUUAAUGAAGUUGAUUUUGACUUGUUAACUUUGGGUAACCAUGAAUUAUACGACGAGAGCGUAACUCUUAUGGAAUAUUACGAGACUGCACUCAAUAUUAAAUUCCUAGAAAAAUACGUAUCCAGUAAUGUAGAAUUUCUAAAAGAAGAUGGUAGUCUGGUUCCAUUCGGAAAGAAAUACCGGUAUUUUGAAACCCCCAAUCAGAAACUUAGGAUUUUAGCGUUCUCAUUUAUGUUCAAAUUUCAGAAAGCAAAUCGUCGCGCUAAAGUGACACCAAUUAUGGACGAGGUUGUUAAGCCUUGGUUCACCGACGUGCUGCAAAAAUACCCGCAAGAAACCGUUGACGUUAUUGUUGUUUUCGGCCACAUACCAGUUUCGGGCCCUGAGAGCCUUGAAUUGCAAGAUUUGCACACAUACUUGAGAGAAGUCUAUCCAGACACAGUGAUUCAAUAUCUAGGUGGUCAUACUCACAUUAGAGACUUCGUAGUACUUGAUAACAAAGCCACUGGUCUUCAAAGCGGCAGAUUCGCGGAAACCGUUGGAUUUAUUUCUAUUGACAAUGUCACCGCUGAAACACCAACAUUUAGCAGAAGGUAUAUUGACUUCAACAUUAAGUCUUUCCUACAUCACGCAAACCUUGAUAACAGGGUAGAGUUUGGUACCAAUAAAGGUUUGGUCCUUUCAAAGACAAUAGACAAAAUUCGUGACAUUUUAAACUUAACUGAAGUGUAUGGACGUGUGCCAGAAACCUACUACAUGGAUGCUGUCCCAUUCACUUCUUCCAACAACAUUUAUAACUUCUUAUCCCAAAAGGUCCUCCCAACAUUAGAGAAGAAAGACCCAUCAAUAACUAGAAUGAUUUUAAUUAAUAGCGGUGCAAUUAGGUAUGACUUGUACAGUGGAAACUUCACCAGUGAAAUCGAAUACGUUGUCUCGCCCUUCGAAAAUACGUGGCUGUAUACGGAGGUUCCGCUAGCCCUAGCUGAAGCUGCAAGGGAUAUAAUGAAUCAAGGAACGAACAAUAUUGCGAUUAGAUCAAGCCUUGUUGCUGAAAGGGAAAGGAAGACAUGUCCAUUCGUCGAAAACGAUACGCUUACACUUGGGUACACUACUGCUGAUGACUUGGGAUGCGACGGAGAUGAUACACCCCACAGCAGCUACGGUUCAUACCCUGUCCCAAAUAUUAUAGAUUCUGUCCAAUGGAAUGCCGACUCUAAGGACAAGAAUCAAACUAUACACUUGGUGUUCUACAGUUUCUUGCGUAAUUCUGUUUUAUCCGCUAUGAAUACUGCAAAUCAGAGACUAAAUAUUACAAGCCAAAAGUAUGGCGACAAUAAUAUUAAAACCUAUGGCGGGUUAUCAACCAAACAAUUAUUGCGGACUUAUAUAGGAAGCAUCACACCAAAGUAUACAUAA